AUGCCGUUCACAAAGUUCGCCGAGCUCCCCGCCGAGCUCCGCCUCAAAGUAUGGAACGAAGCAGCAGCUGGACCCUCAAUACACAUCUUUGAUGUCUGUUUCCCGUCAUGGCGGGGUACUGAUCGAAGCAGACGGGCCUUCCAGUCGAUAGAAGGCAAUAUUUCAGAAGACAACCACGCCAGAUGGACAAAGUACAGAGACUGCGUCUUCCUGGAUGCCCUCGAAGCCGGGCCGGCAGAACUUGCGCGGCAGACGAGGAUUGCGAGACAUAUGCGAAAUCCAUCCGUCUACAAACAACGACAGACGAUGCGGCUAGUCUGCUCUGAAGCCUCGGCAGCGGUAGAGAGGCGGUUGAAGGGACGGAGCAUGAACUCAGUCUAUCUUCCCGGCCGAAACCAGAGGAUACAGUACGACAAUGAAGAGGACGUGCUGCUCUUGCGGUUCGGAGACGGCGGUGCUCUCACAGAUCUCAGCCACGGGGUUCUAUUCGGCGAGUUUGAGGCGUCCGGGGUGAAUAACCUGACUGAGGUGCUCGAAGGGCCGUGGAGCGCCGAGAUGGCGGAGACGUUGCGUGAUGCGCAACUCAUCGCUCUGGAUAUUGCGGAGACGUGGACGCCGGCGACGGUUGGAGCGGCGAUGUUUGAAGAGGUGGCGUACUUGGCGUGUUGCAUACAACGAGGACUUCGAGUACUGUACUUGGUUGACCAUUGCCCCGGCCGAUGUACCCGUUGCGAGAAGCAGAAUAUCACGAGAUCUCAGCUCCAGACUCGUGGUGAACUAUACGAUCAACUUCACAGUCGAGAUAUGGACGCGGCUAGACUGCGGCCAGCGGAUGUGAUUCAUGGCGUGGGCAAGACAUAUCGGGAAGUCUUUGAUUUGGAGGGCAUGGGUUGGUCGGACGAGCACCCGAUCUACAUGUUUGCGAGGGUGAUGGACGAAAUGAUCAGGAACCAGCAGGCAGACGCGGAUACGCAGGAUUUCGAGGGGAUCAGGGUGUUGCUGGUGGAAGACGAUGAGUUGGAGGGCGUGGACAACACCACGAUGAUGGAUUGUUUUCCGGACGGCCGUUCGGAGGUCGCCAAUGAGGUUUUGAACAUGAACCUACGGUGGUCGAGCUAG